AUGCGGGAGAUGUGGCGCGACUUGUGUGCACACGCGUGCGGAGAUCUUAUUAAACAGCUGGAGGACCUGGGGAUUGAAAUCCCCCCGCAGGACGAAGGCCGGGUUACCGAUGAGGGGGCAGUGGUGCAGGAGAGGAACGCUGCUAUGGGAGAGGGGAGGCAAGCUCCGGUCACUCGCCCUGUGGAGGACGCACGGGUUACGGAGAUGAUGAGGCGUCUGGCGACGUUGAAUAACGAUGUGAGGUACCUGGACGCCAGCUUCACCGUACUCGCCAACUUUGUAGGACUGAGGCGGGACGAGGUGGUGACAGCUGCAACCCACCUACUGCUGCAUGGGGGUCACGCGGGGACCGGCGCGAAAGCAGAGGCGGGUGGCACCAAGAAUGCUCCACGCACUCCACAGCGUCCGUCUGCACGUAAGAGGCGGGAUGACAGCAGUCCUGAGGAGGAUGGCGUGCGCAAUGCCACCCGGGUUGCGCUGGCCUCAACGUUCGCUGCAUGUGAGCCGACAUCGACCUUGCUGCAGAACCCGCACCUCUCGCACGGGACCAUACCUCACUGGAUGUUCACGCGCGGGAUGCACCUGCUCGGGGCGGGUGUGCCAGCUGGAGCUGACGUGUGGGGAGACACGCGAGGGAAGGAGACGGUGAAGGCCGAAGAGGAGGAGGAUCUCGUGUCAGACACAGACGACGAGGAGGAUGAUGACGAAGCGUGUGCCUCCAGAUACACGGGUGUGAAGUUGGAUAAAGCAUCCGGCAAGUACGGCGUGAAGAUCCUGAUUAAGGAAGGUGGAAAGCGUAAGCAGCAGCGGCUGGGAGCGUACAGCACGGAGGAAGAGGGGGCGUUCGCGUACGCCGCAGGUGCGUUCGUGCUGAGGCCACGUGACAAGAUACCCAACACGGUCAGCCUGUCAGCCGCAGAGAAGGCGAUGCUGCGUGGUUGCACCAAAGAAGAUUUGCAGAUCCUGGUGGAAGCGCGGAAGUGGUGGAGGUGGAGGAGCUGGCGGGAGGCGCUGGAUAGCGUGAGCAGCAAGCUGAAACGUGGCAGGAAGCGUGGGGGUGCCACAGGUACAUCAAAGAGGCACAGGGUGGUGGAUAGCAACACCAUGGCUACCAACGAACCAGAGGUCCCCGACAAUGCGGAGAGUGGGGGGACGGCCCCUGUGAGCGAGCAGGGCGGGGGUGCAAAGAACAAUGAGCAGGAAGAGCGAGGGGAAGAUACUGAUGACGGGACGGGCGCCGAAAGUGCAGAUUCGUCCGAGUGCAGCGAGGAGGAUGACGAGGAAGGCUCAGACACUUCGGCCAGCGCCUCACACGAAGAAUCCGCCGACCCUGCUCCGGAGGCGAAGACGAACGACGAUGGGUGUGCGGGAACCGCUGCGCCCAAUGCUGACACGCGCGCAAGCCAAGGCGCGCGGGACACGGAUGUGCCUCGAGGUGACGGCCGAGGACAUGCGGACGGACCUGUGGACCGCACAUGCGGGAACACGUUGAACCCAAACGUCGAUGACGUGCGCAUCCCGAGCAGGGUCCUCGAGCAACUUAUACAGGCUCAGGACAAGAUCGCCAAGGAGAACGCGCGGUUGGAGGCGCUGUUCUUGAAUGCGAUGCCGACGUCGACGAUGACCUUCUACCCGAGCAGCGACGAUAAGACUCAUGGAGUGUGUGCGGUGCUGGACCGCCUGCCGCAUAGCUUCGCUUGCUUGGCGUUGGCGGCUGACAAGUCGCGACGCGCGGACCUCAACAAGACGCUCUCUGAGUGGAAGACGCGGGCCGCCGCCCGCGUGCGAGACAUUGCACUUCCCAAGCUCGGCUUGUUCCGCGACGACAGGGACGCAUCCAGCCCGUGGGCACCAGAGAAGGAGCGCAGUAUCGAGAAGAUCCGGGAGCGCAUUGGGCUUGGCGCUGACCGCCCUGGUGAGUGCCAUGAAGACAGCAGGUGGGGUCGCCUACGUGUUGGUAUGCUGACAAUGAGUGUAUGGCGGCCACUGACACUGACUGUGCGCAUGUGGUGUGCAGAAACCCUGGUGCUCACGAGCUGGGCGACAGACCGGGACGGCAUGCCGUUUGCCUCUCGGGCGUUCACGACAUGCGCGAAGGCUGCAUUCAGGCCUAAGAAGGCCGGGCUGGUGAUGACUCUGAAGGUGUACCACCUGGCCUGGUUGGAGCAUGUGGUCUCCGACUGCGUCCUCUACUGGGAGGAGAGGAAAGGCCGGCUUUCCAACUCGGCCGGGGGAAACGCCCACGUUGUGGACGGCCUCAAGGUCCUGGUGAAGGAGGCCGUGGAGAGGGCGAUCCGGAUCCGCAACCCGGAGUAUGACGCGGAGCGCGAGGCGUGGACCUGGGGCCGCCAUGGACUGCGCAUCUCUGCGUGCGGCCUGGAGCACAUGAAGCCCACCGCCGCAGCUCAGUCAGAAGACCUCGUGGGGGAUGACGACCUUUCGGCGUCAGUUGAAGCAGGCAUGGGAGAUAUGGAUGAUGGCAUGGGUGCCCCUGCUCCCGGAUCAGAAUCAGGCAUGGGAGAUAUAGAUGAUGGCAUGGGUGCCCCUGCUCCCGGGUCAGAAUCGGGCAUGGGUCCUGGAGGGGGCAUGGGCGGCGGUGGAACGGGCGGCGGUGGAACGGGCGGCGGGGGAACGGGCGGCGGAGGAACGGGCGGCGGAGGAACGGGUGGCGGUGGAACGGGCGGCGGUGGAACGGGCGGCGGUGGAAUGGGUGGCGGAGGAACGGGCGGUGUAGGAACGGGCGGCGGAGGAACGGGCGGUGGAGGAACGGGCAGCGGUGGAAUGGGCGGCGGUGGAAUGGGCGGCGGAGGAACGGGCGGUGUAGGAACCGGCGGUGUAGGAACGGGUGGUGCUGGAACGGGCGGUGGAGGAACGGGCGGCGGUGGAACGGUCGGCGGAGGAAUGGGCGGCGGUGGAACGGGCAGCAGUGGAACGGGCGGUGGAGGAACGGGCGGCGGUGGAACGGGCGGCAGUGGGACGGGCGGCAGUGGAACGGGCGGCAGUGGAACGGGAACGGGGGAACGGGCAGCGGGGGAACUGGCAGCGGGGGAACUGGCAGCGGGGGAACUGGCAGCGGGGGAACUGGCAGCGGGGGAACUGGCAGCGGGGGAACUGGCAGCGGGGGAACUGGCAGCGGGGGAACUGGCAGCGGGGGAACUAGCAGCGGGGGAACUGGCAGCGGGGGAACUGGCAGCGGGGGAACUGGCGGUGGUGGUAUGA